AUGAGCGACCCUACCAAUCCCAACAUCCAGCAUCGAACCACGCCGCAAUGGGGUCUUUACCAGCGGGAGAAUUUCUUGAAAGUCAACGAGGGACAGACAGUGCCGUUUAAUACCGACCCCCUCAAACUCGAAGCUCUCGCACAUCAAAAACUCAGCCAAGGCGGCUGGCUCUACGCGUCCUCGAACGCGGGGAUGUCGCAAACCCACCAAGCAAACCGACAAGCCUUCUACCGCCACCGACUGAUCCCCAACCAGCUCGUCGACACAAACUGCCGAGACACCACGACCACGAUCUUCGGCCACCGGGUGUCCGCCCCGAUCGGGUUCGCGCCCAUCGGCAUCAACAAGAUAUACCACCCAUCCGCGGAGUCCGCGGUAGCGAAGGUCGCAGGCGAACUGAACCUCCCCUACUGUCUCUCGACGGCGGGAUCGACGCCCAUCGAGAAGGUCGGGGAAGCCAACGGUCCCGGAAAUCCGCGCUUCUACCAGCUCUACAUGCCGCAUGACGACGAGCUGACCCUAUCCUUGCUCCAGCGGGCCUGGGACUCCGGGUUCGACGCGUUGCUGCUCACCACAGACACUUGGCAACUGGGCUGGCGACACGACGACGUCGCGGGGUCAAAUUAUGCCUUUUAUCGCGGUCUAGGCGCGGAUCUGGGGUUGUCGGACCCCGUAUUUAGACAGCGAUGUCAGGCCGAGGGCAUUGAUCCGGACAAAGACGUUGUGGCGGCGUCGACCAAGUGGAUUGAUUCCGUGUGGCAUGGGCGCGCGUGGUCGUGGGAGAAGAUCCCCUGGUUGCAGGAGCAGUGGCGACGGAUUUCAGGGGGCAGGCCGUUCGCGAUCAAGGGGAUUCAGAGCGUGAGUGAUGCGCGACGGUGCGUGGAGUACGGGGUUGAUGGGAUCGUGGUGAGUAAUCAUGCAGGACGGCAGGUGGAUGGCGCGGUGGCGAGUCUGGAUGCGUUGGAGUCGAUCAUUGAUGCGGUGGGGGAUCACAUCUACGUGAUGUAUGACUCUGGGGUGCGUGGUGCCAGCGAUGUGGUGAAGGCGUUGGCGCUGGGGGCGAAGUUCGUGUUCGUGGGGAGGUUGUGGAUUUGGGGGUUGAGUAUCAUGGGCGAGGAAGGCGUGAGGCAUGUCAUGCGGUCGUUGUUGGCGGAUUUCGAUAUCCUGAUGGGUGUGGCGGGGUUUAAAUCUGUGGAGGAGUUUGAUCGGUCGAUUUUAGAGUCGUCUCCGAAGAUGUAUUCGUUGAUUCCGGACAGGGUGCUGUGA